AUGACCAAGUCGCUCAUCGCCGUCGCCCAGGUUACCUCCCGCCCCACACCCUCCGAAACACUGCCACACAUUCUUCCUCUCCUUGCCCAAGUCUCCGCUAGAAAUGCUUCCAUCCUCUUCCUUCCCGAAGCGGCAGACUACAUCUCCCCCACACCCAAGGCCGCUGCUUCCGUCCAUGCUCAUCCACUGGACAAAGGGAAGAACCCCUUUCUAGAUUCCCUCCGAGCUGGAGCGAAAGAACACAAGCUUUGGAUCAACGUUGGCCUACAUGAGCGCAGCACCGACCCAUCCCGUUGCUGGAAUACAAGCGUCGUACUCGACACGGAAGGGAAGAUAAGGGGCGUUUACAGAAAGGUACAUCUGUUCGAUGUCGAUUUGCAGGAUCGGGGAGGGCCGAAAAUCUUGGAGAGCAGUACUACGGUCCCGGGAGAGGUGAUCGUCGACCCCGUGCAGACACCCGCUGGACUGGUUGGACUGCAAAUAUGCUACGACCUACGGUUCCCAACCCCACCCACGCUCCUAUACCCACGACCACACAUCCUCACUUACCCAAGCGCAUUCGCCCUCUCCACCGGGCCCGUACACUGGUCCCUCCUCCUCCGCGCCCGAGCCGUAGAACAACAAUGUUAUGUUGUCGCCUCGGCACAAGUUGGCGAACACUUUUCGGGUAGGGCGAGUUGGGGGCAGACGUUGGUGGCUUCCCCCUGGGGUGAAAUCCUGGGUGAACUCCCCUCAACAAGUCCUACAAACCGCGUUCCCGAGGCCGAACUACUUUUCGUCGAGAUCGACACCUCUGCUGUGGAUAAGGUGAGGCAGGAGAUGCCUUUGGAAGCGAGUAGGCGGAGGGCGGAGUCGACGUAUGAGGAGGCAAGGAAGAGGCGGUUGGGGAAGGUUGAAGAGGAAAGGAGUGGGGUGGAUACCCUGGAAGAGAGAGAGGGGGAACAAGUUGGGAGUAUUUAA